AUGGACUUCAUGGCAGUGGACUCAGUUGGUGCAGCUGGUGGCCUUUUGUGCAUAUGGAAUCCAGAUGCCUUUCAAAUGGUGGAUUGUUGUUGCAACCACAAUUUCAUCAUUUUGUCAGGUACUCUCUUUAACAAUCUAGAUUGUGUUGUUGUUAAUAUUUAUGCCCCCAAUGAUAGUACUAUUAGAAGGAAUGUGUGGGAUAUUUUGACUAGAUUAAAAUCUUUGUAUGAUAAACCUUGGUGUUUAGGGGGUGAUUUUAAUGAAAUUAGGAAUAUUUCUGAAAGGAAGGGAUGUUGUAGGAGAGAUAGGGGUAUGUGUGAUUUUAAUGAUUUCAUUGACAAUUUGGAAGUAUGUGACAUGCAUAUGAUGGGGAGAAAAUUCACAUGGUGUAACUCUCAAGAAGAUGAGAGGUGGAGUAGGAUUGACAGGUUUCUGUUAAGUUCAGAAUGGGUGCAAAAUUUCAAUUUCAAGCUUUGGGGCUUACCUAGGAGGUGGUCAGAUCACUGUCCUAUUCUUUUAAUGGAAGAUGAUAGGGAGUGGGGUCCAAAGCCAUUUAGAUUUCUAAAUGCUUGGUCCCUACAUCCUCAAUUUAAAUCCUUGGUGGAUAAUACCUGGCCUGAAACCAUUGUUCAAGGUUGGGCUAGUUUCAAGUGUUUAAGGAAGCUUAAAGCACUUAAAUUAGUUCUCAAGCAAUGGAACAUUGAAGUCUUUGGAAAUGUGGAAUCUAAACUCAAGCUUCAGGAACAGGAACUGCAUUUGCUUGACCUAACAGCUGAAGAUUGA